AUGAAUUUAGUCGACUACGAACUUUCCAGCGACGAAGAACGCCGUGAGGUACACCAAAAAAGGGAGAUUCAGCACGGAGAUUCAGCAGAGGAGAGGAAUAAAUGCAUAGAGAAUAAAGAGAAUGAAGAAAGGAGAAGAGACAAUAGCGCUAGUAAGAAUGGAAAUUACGGUCUUGGGGGAAAUGAAACCGAUAAUGAGUGUGCUAAAAAAAAGGCUCAUAUCCAUUUAGCGGAGAAAUGGGAUGCAGCUAGAGAAGACGCAUCCGUGGGGGAUAAAAUGCGCGACGCAGAUAAAAUGCGUAACGAUGGCAUUGUAGAGGAGAAAGGGGAACCCAGUGAAGCGCCUUUAUUGAGUAAAUUAAAAGGCGCAGAAAAAAUGUCACAUUGUGGUGGUGAGGAUGAGGAUGACGGUGAAGAUGACUGCGCUGAUGUCCUUGGUACCGAAGUAAGGCCCGGUGAACAGCACAAGAGAGAGCAAAACAAACAGAGGAGCGCACCAAUAGUGAAUGAGCAGACAGACAACCGGAUUGCGAAGGGAGCCAACCUCCUAGAAAGUAACAACCUUAUCAAUAUCAGCGUAAACGAAAACAAUUUUGAUGACUUAUUUUUCCUGCCCCCAAAUGAAUACUCAGAUUGUCUGAACCAAAAAAUAGAGGAAUUGUCAAAACUGUAUAAAAUAGAUUUAACGAUUAAUAAAAAUAUAAUUAACUCAAAUGAAUAUAAGAAUCCCUGCAUUUUGGAAAAAAUUAUGCAGAUUUUUCAAAUUGAUGUGUAUUCAUCGAACUAUCCUUUGAAUAUUUACGACCCUCAUGAUUUUUUAUCCAUUGAUUUGUUUAACGAGCAAGGUGAGGAAACUGAUCAGAAGAAAACCAAAACGAAGUGGUCUAACCAUUGA